AUGUGGAGUAAUUUAGAAAAAAGCAAUAUUAUGGAUAAGUCUCAAGAUGUGGUAGCUGAAAAACUAAUUCUAACAUACAAGCAUUUAUUAAAUAGUCAUGCAAAAAGAUUGGAAAAAAUACAUAUUUUAAAAAAAGCUCUAUUUAUUUGUAAGUCUCCAGUAAAUAUAAAGGUUGAUGUUGCUGAUAAUGUAACAAUUGAUGAUUUAUUGGACAUUGAUAAUAAUGUAUUAAGUACUAUAUUAAAGAUUUUUGCAACAUUGAACUCUGAAAUUUUUUUUUUAAAAAAUGAUGUUAAAGUCAAAUUAUUUAAUUCUAUACUUUAUUAUGAAGAAUGUGAUGAAGAUGUAUCUACUGAGGGAUUAAUACCAGUUAAAAUUAGUAAAUUUUUACAAAUUUUAUUAGAACUCUCAAAUUUUGUUAAGCAUUGUGAAUAUUUGCUGAGUGAAAUACACUGUCAAUUUAUUAAUAUUUUUGAGUUUCAAUUAAUAACUGCUGAUAUUCAUUUCCAGGGUAUUUUUGAAUAUAUUGGUGAUUUACUAUAUUUAUUUGUUGAGUUGGAUAAGCUUAUUAUAUCACAACCAAUCUUACAACAACAUUGGUUUCAAUAUCGAGAUAUUUUAAAUACUAUAAAAUUAGAUCCAUCAAAAUAUGAUUGUAACAUAAAUGAUAUAAUUCAAUUAGAAAAUAUAUGCAAUGAUAUUGAAUCAACUUUAUUAUCUGGAAAUAUAUUUGAAAAAGUAUUAACUUCAGAUUUUAAAGGAAAAAAAGAAAUUCAGUCCUGUGAUGAUUUUGUGAAUGAGUUUAAGCUUUAUUUGAAUAAUUCUGUGCUGCUAUUAGGACAACGUGCUUAUCAGAAAUCUAACAACCCUCUACAAAUAUGGUCACGUAUUUGUUCUACUACCGUAUUUUAUACUUAUAUAUUUGGUGUUUUUGACAAGAAAUUACUUAAGCAAUUUACAGAUUUAUUAGAAAAGGUAAAUCAUAUUCCAUUGGAUGGUAAUUUAGUAUGGAAUCCAGAAAUGUUUGUAUUGAAUUUCAUAGGUCAUUUACUCAAACCUAAUACUAUAAGAAAAAAGGAAGACAAUUCUGAAAAAUGUACUUUGGAAUUAAUAGACGUUACAAAGAAUUUUUCAAAAACUACUUCUAAUUAUUUACAACAGGCAAUGAUUUGGUUUGCAAGAAGUGAACAUAUUGAGUUUAUUGAUUUUCACACUUCAAAAAUAGAAUACAUGCAUGACAUUUGUAACUAUUUGAAUGAGGGUAUUCAGUUAUGCACAUCCAUUAAGAAUACUGUUAUAACUUUAAUGAAUCUACACAGUACCCUCGGUAAACCAUUAAUUAAAUCGAAUGUAAUAUUAAUCUGUAGAUUAAUUGAAACAAUGAAAAAUAUUGGUUACAUUUAUCAAAAAAAUCAUAUUGUAAUGGAUAAAUUGAUAACAGAUAUAAUUCAAUAUUUUGAAUUUUUGUGCCUUUCUAUCAUUGGCCAAGUUAAAAUAUCAUGUGCAGAUGAUAGAAACUUUAAUACAAAAAAUGUAGAUAGGUUGUCGUCUUUAGAAGUAUCUGAGAAAUUACUGCAUGGACCGCUAGUAAAAAAUCGACCAUUGUUGAUAAAACUUGCUUUGAAUACAGCAAUUGGUUUGCAAGCAUUUCCAAAAGCUCAAAUAUUGAGUAUAACACAACAUUUAAAGAGAAUAGAACUUCUACAAUUAUUACAAGAUGAAAUUAAAAGUAUUUCAGAAAUAAGUUGUAUGUAUUGGCAUCGAGUUGUGUUUCCAUUAUAUUUUAAGAAUGUAAAAAAACAACACAAACAUUUUAAUGGUUUAUCGACAACAUUUGAUUUUUUGAAAGAUAUUUAUGAAGUGACAUAUUUUAGUGACAAAACUACAAAACAAAAUAUAUAUAAUUCAUUCAUAGAUGAAAUUUGUGGUCACUUAAAUCAUCAAAUUUUAAAACCAAUGAAUCCAAAUAUUGAAAAUGAAUUACGACUUCAUGUUAUGACCCAUGUUCACUGUGUUAAAACGAUGCUCAAUCAACCGGUUGAUAUAUAUAUGAUAAAACUUCAACAUUUGCAGUUUUUGACUAGUUUUAUAGACACUAAAAAUAGAGCAGAAAAUUACCUCAGUGAAACGUUUUAUGAUUUAACUGCUGUCGCUCUACAUGAUUGGCAUAAUAAUGGUGUAAUGAGAACAUUAGCAAAGUACAAAUUAAACUUAGAAACUAUUGAUGAUAAAUUACCAAAUCAUACUCUUGAACAAGGUUUAGAUGUACUAGAAAUAAUGAGGAAUUUAGAUUUAUUUAUUUCAAAAUAUUCAUACAAUUUAAGUAAUCAAAUAUUUAUUGAAAACUAUAGCACAAGUAAACACUUGAACACAAUAAAUAUUAAGCAUAUUAGUAAUUCUAUUCGAAUACACGGAACUGGAAUUAUGAGUACUACAGUUAAUACAACUUAUCAACUUCUUUGUGGAAAGUUAAACAUGUUGUCAAAAUAUUUGUAUGACGAGCGCGUAAAAUCAAAACUCAAAAAAGAAAUUACAUUUCUACAUGAAAUCCAAAAAACUAAUAAUAUGGUAUAUCCAUUUGAACGUGCAGAAAAGUUUAAUUCAAGUAUGAGAAAAAUAACAUUGAAUACAAAUCAAAAUUACAUUGAUCAAUUUAGAAUUCUUGUUACCCACAUUGGUAAUGCACUUGGUUAUGUACGAAUGAUUAAAUCUGGUGGUCUUAACUUUUGUUCAAUUUCAACUUCAUUUAUACCAGAUUUGAAAAAAGUGAUGCAAUUUGAAGAGAUAUGUAACGAUUCAGGAUUUACCAAAAACUGUUUAAUUUCUGGACACCACCUUGAUAAUGUUGUGCAUAAUAUUUGUCAAAAUAUUGCAGAAGGCACAAAUUAUUUUAAAUUAUUAAUUGAUGUCUUCAUCCAAGCCAUGGGUAACAGUAAUAAUUCACAUUUGCAUAACUUCUACAUAAUUAUUCCUUCAUUAACAUUGAAUUUUAUUGAACAUUCAAUUAAUUCCAAAGAGAAAAUGUAUAAGAAAAGUAAAGGAGCAAUGUUUACUGAUGAUGGCUUUGCAGUAGGUGUUGCAUAUUUACUACGUAUACUUGGCUUAAAAAAUGAAUUUGAUUCAUUGAAGUGGUUUCAAUCAGUAUCUGAAAAUUAUGAAGAAAAAUUGAAUGUACUAAAAACUCAAGAAAUUAAAGCUUUAAAAGAUGAUGCUAAGUUACAACAACCUCUUAGUUUGUCUUAUACAAGGCUUCAAGUUUACUAUAAAGAAUUCAUGCUAUUAUAUUAUAACAUUAAUAGUGCAAGGAUAUUUUUUCAGUCGAGGAAUAUUAAUUAA